UUUAUACACACCACCCCCGGAUCUCGACACCCCCUCCGCACUCCCCUUAAUCUCGGCGACGGAAGAGAGAGGAAGAAAGAACAAGGCUCCCCGAGUCCCAAAAGCAUUCUCUUCUCUCCCUCCCUCUUCCACUUCUAAGGAGGCAUCUGAGAGGAGGAAGAAAUGGAGGCGUUGUACUACCUGCUCUUCGGAGGGCUGUCGGUGGUGGUGGCGCUGCUGGAGUUCAGCAAGACCAGCAAAGACCGCAUCUCCACCUCCGCCGCCUUCAACUCCUUCAAGAACAACUACAUCGUCGUCUACUCACUCAUGAUGGCUGGAGAUUGGUUACAGGGUCCCUAUGUCUACUACCUCUACCAUACGUACGGUUUCGGGAAGGGAGAAAUUGGUCGGCUCUUCAUUGCCGGAUUUGGAUCCUCCAUGAUCUUCGGGACGAUUGUUGGAUCUCUGGCCGACAAACAGGGUCGGAAGAGGGCUUGUGUGACAUAUUGCAUAAGUUACAUACUAAGUUGUAUCACCAAGCAUUCUCCAGAGUUUAAGGUGUUGAUGUUGGGCCGUAUAUUAGGGGGAAUCGCUACAUCGCUCUUGUUUUCAGCUUUCGAGUCAUGGCUUGUUGCUGAACACAACAAGAGGGGCUUCGAACCACAAUGGCUCUCCCUAACUUUCUCAAAGGCUAUAUUCAUUGGCAAUGGUCUCGUAGCCAUUGUCUCUGGGCUGUUUGCUAAUUUGCUGACUGAUACCUUGGGUUUUGGUCCCGUGUCCCCCUUUGAUGCUGCUGCAUGCUUCCUAGCAAUUGGCAUGGCGAUUAUCUUAUCAACAUGGGGUGAAAAUUAUGGAGAUCCUUCAGAAAACACGAAUUUACUUAGCCAAUUUAAGGUUGCUGCAGUCGCCAUUGCUUCUGAUGAGAAAAUUGCUUUGCUGGGUGCGAUUCAGUCACUGUUUGAAGGCUCAAUGUAUACCUUUGUAUUCUUGUGGACUCCUGUUUUAAGCCCAAAUGAUGAGGGCAUUCCUCAUGGUUUUAUUUUUGCAACCUUCAUGCUGUCUUCAAUGCUGGGAAGCUCCAUUGCAUCUCGGCUGAUGGCCCGAGCGACACUUAAAGUUGAAAGUUAUAUGCAAGUUGUUUUUGCAAUCUCUUCAUUCACUCUUUUCCUUCCUGUUAUCACCAGUUUCUUGGUAACAUCUUCAUCUGUAAAAGGCGGGAGCAUCUCGUUUGGGGGUUCUAUCCUGCUAUUUGGUUUCUGUAUCUUUGAAGCAUGUGUGGGGAUUUUUUGGCCAUCUAUUAUGAAGAUGAGAUCUCAGUACAUUCCUGAGGAGGCUAGAAGCACAAUCAUGAACUUCUUCCGCAUUCCCCUGAACAUAUUUGUUUGCAUUGUGCUUUACAAUGUGAUGCAUUCCCUAUGACUGUCAUGUUUGGCAUGUGCGGUAUUUUCCUUCUCAUUGCCGCUGUAUUGCAAAGGCGGCUGAUGGUGGUCGCUGAGAAUCACCGAUCAAGGCCACAAAAUUGGACAGCAAUGAAGGAGAGGGAUGAUGAGGCAGCGCCACUGAAUAUCUGAGUAGCAGGCUGAUGCUUGGUGCUUGCACGGUAACUGUUUGGCCCCAGCUUUCCGCUGCAUGAAGCAUCAACUCUCCUCCGUGGACAGUGUCCAGCCAACCAGUGAACCACAUGGCUUCACAUAUGAAAGUUGCAGUAGAAUAUCUGGUUGACUAGCAUCCGGUCGUGGGAUAAAGUGGAAUAAACAGAAAUAGAAUACGUAACUCGACGUAAUUGUAUUAAAAUGGUUUAUCAUGGCUUUUGUACCAUAAUUUGAUAUUGAUGACAAUGUCUGUUGGGUUUGAAGACAAUACAAUUUUCUUCUCUAAUAUGAAAUCAAUGUUGUAAUUUCAUGCUUA